UGCUCGGCAGUUAACCUGCUCUCAUCUCAUUACCUAAUCUUCCACUUCCUUUAAGGUUUUCCAUUUUUAUUUCAAUUCAUUUCCGCCAUAAGAUAUCUUCUUCGAGCUCUCGUCUACUUCUCUGUUUAUUGAUCGUGACUCAGAAUAGAAUAGCUCUCUAUCUGUCUUAGAUUUGGGGAAGGAACGUAGGAGAGAAAACAAGAGACGCCGAGAAUGCCACUUGCUCGGGUUAGAGUGAGGAAUGAGUAUGGCUUGGGCGCUCCAGAGCUAUACAGAGCAUCCGAUAGCGAAGAUCCGAAGGCUAUUCUCGAUGGAGUUGCCGUCGCAGGACUCGUCGGGAUUCUACGGCAGUUGGGCGAUCUAGCUGAGUUUGCAUCAGAGGUUUUUCAUGACUUACAGGAGCAAGUGAUGGCCACAGCUUCUAGGAGCCAUAAAAUGAUGGUUCGGGUACAAAACAUCGAAACUGCGCUUCCUCCGCUUGAGAAGGCUGUUAUGUCCCAAUUAAGUCACUUACAUUUUGCUUACACAGCUGGUUCUGAUUGGCAUCGCAAAAUUCGAACGGAGAAAAAUCAUCUCAUCUACAGUGACUUGCCACAAUUCUUUGUGGAUUCUUAUGAAGAAUGUCGUGAUCCACCACAUCUGCAUUUGCUCGACAAAUUUGACACUGGUGGUUCAGGAGCAUGUAUGAAAAGAUAUUCAGAUCCAUCCUUUUUUGGGAGGGUACUGGCUAGUUCUGAAUCCACUGAUGCUGAUAAAGUUAAAAGAGAAAAGAAGGCUCGUAAAACUAAGAGACGGGGAUCUAGGUACAAGAAUGGAGAAAUCUCACGUGUGGGGUUGACAGCCUGUCACAGUGGACGAAUGCAAUCUGCAUCUCAGAAUAUACAUGGUCAGAGCUCUGCUACUGAGACUGUCCCUCUGUGUGAUGUGAGAUCAAAUUCUGAACUGCAAGACCGUUCCAUGUCUUUUGAUUCAAGAAGCAGAAUGUUGUUUGCUUCCCCAACGAUAAAUGGACAGAGCUCUGAUGCUGAGACCGUCUCCUUGUUUGAUGUGCGAUCAAAUUCUGAGCUGCAGGACCUUUCUCCAUCUUUUGAUCCAAGAAAUAAGAUGGGUUGCAUUGAAUUUGUUUUGGAUGGAAGUUCUUCCAUACAGACUGAAAAGCAAGAAACCGAUGAAUUGUUCACUUCAAGGUUGAAGACAGAGUGCAAUGAAACCCUUAGUUCUGUUGUUCCCGAUAAACUAAAUGAAACUAUGGAUGAUGAUUUGACACAUGGGUCAUCACAAGAGCAAAGUGCCCCAAAUUCAUCUUUUGUUAGUUGGGAUGAAAAAACAGAAAUAAUAAAAUCUGAUCUACAGUGUGGCGAUAUUGAGAACGACCAGUGUGAAACCUCAGAGUUGCACGCAGUAAGCUCUGGAAUUAGUGAGUUGGUGCAGGAAGCUUCAUCGCUCGGGUAUGCUAAUUCAGAUGAAAUCUUGUUUAUUGAUGAAAACAUGCCAGCAUCAGUCACUGUAGGGAAUCAAUUUGAGGAGAUUGAAAGUGAGCUAGACAAUUACAUGGAUGCACUUAACACCAUGGAAUCAGAAGUUGAAACUGAUUUUGAGUGCCAGACCAAACGAGAAGUAGAUUAUGCCUCGUUCAACUUUGAAAGUACCGAUGGGGAACAUGGAGCUGGUAAAAAUAAAAUGGUAAAGAUGAUUGCUCAAAAUUCAGAUUCAUCUGAUACUGAACCUCAUACUCCAUCUUACGGUUCCUCAAGCGAAGAAAUGUCUCAGAUCUCCAACAAAGUGAUAGCUGCAGAGAGUUUGCCUAAUCCAGAAACCCCCCAAAUCACUGGGAUAUCUUUUCCUACUCCAGAAGGUCCAGCCAGAGCUGACUUUUGUGAAAAUAGUGGUAUCCUUAUUGAUUCAAGAGAAAAUGUGUUUGAACCAGUUACCUCUGAUCCAUCACUCUCCGGCAUGCCCAAUUCACAUGCUCCUUUGAGUGACAAGAUUGAAAGCAGCUUGUCCAAAUCUCAAGAAUCAGAUGUUGAAACUUCUAGUACAUCUCCGAUUCAGUUCUGGACAAACGGUGGCUUGUUAGGACUUGAGCCAUCAAAACCUCCAGAUUGCAGUUUGUCAAAUGUUCCAAAUCAGAGUUCCCUGGCUGAUACUAAAGAUAGCUCAUAUGAUGUUUCAAGAAACAGUGUUGUACCAAGAUCCCAUUCUGACGAAUAUGUAGGGAAGCUAGAAAAGGAACUGGACUCUGUAGGGGGAAAAUUUAAAUCAUCUGAUAGCAUCAGCCCAGCGGAGGAUCACUUGGUCAGAAAUGUGGUAAACAUAGUCCAACCAAUUAGUCAUUCUCAGUGCUCCACAUUAUGCAAUGAUAAGCAAAAUGAUUGUGGGUCCAGGAAAGAAGUUCCUUUUGAAUCCAAUUUCCUGGAAACCAAUAUUGAGAAAUCUGAAGUUUCACAUAACACCUCUAGUCAUUCACCUGAGUUGCCAGUUGUGUCUGUUGUCAAAACCCCAUUUGAUGAAGCUGGCCAAGAAAAUACUGAGAGUUCAUCUAAUAUGUUUGACCUUGUCCAUAAAAUACUAGUGAAUGGUUUCCGAAGUAAAGUAUCACUCCAUGAAGAGAGAUCUGAACCUGCUUGCUCUGUGAAAAUCAGUCCUGUAAUGUCGCAGGAACCUCCUCGCAAUAAGCAGAUGAAAGGGAAAGCCCGAGUUGAACAUCAAACUUCCCUUGAAAGAACUCCAAAAGAACAGACUGAAUGUGAAUCCCCAGAAAACUCACCUUCUUCUUCACCACCUUUAGAACAUAUGAAUAUCUCAUUCCACUCCAUAAAUGGCUUUGAGACUUCCAAACUGAAACUAAAAUUUCCUGAUGGACAUCGUUUCCAUGAAAAUAUUAGAGAUGUUAUAUUUCCUUCAUUCCAGUUACUCCCAGAGCGUUCUACUCGGCAGGAUAUUGAUUCUGAAUCCGAUGAUGACACAUUCUGUAGAUCAUCACCAUGUACGUCUGAGGAUUUGCUUAGGCAUCAUUCUGAAUCAAGUUCUGAGCAGUGGGAAUCUGGUGACUCCACCGGAAGUGAGGACAAUGAGUUACAUGAUGCUUUACAUAGAGUCUCGUCAGCUGAAUCCAUAUCAGCCUCCUUGGAACAUUUUCAUUCAGGUCCUUCACUUGAUCUUCCAAGUUUUGAUGCUUUGAAUCCUUUAAUGGAUCAGCAUGAAAGUAUAAGCAGUUCUGUUCCAAAGGAUUUACUAGAGCCCCAGUUGCAAUAUCUUAAUGAACCACUGGCACCACAACCUCCACUACCUCCAUUGCAAUGGUGUACAGUGAUGCCCCACUUGGAUGAAGUAGAAGAUAAACUAGGGGCUACAUCUGAUGUUGUGGAUCAUCCAAAUGAUCCGCUAGUUCCAGGUUCAACCAAUUGUCAGAAACCCAUUCCAGGUCUGCCAAAGCAACCACAUAUCAAGGAGGCCACUGAAUGUCCGGUAAAUGACAAGGAGUUAAAUGAACCCAGAGAAUCUAGCCAGGCUGCAAAUGCCAAGGAAGUGGAUGAGAGGGAAGAUUUAAUGUAUCAAAUCAGAGCAAAGCAAUUUAACCUCAGGCGCACAAUACCUACAAGGCAAUCCCUCACACCAGAUGCACCAACCAAUGUCAAGGUAGCUGCCAUUUUGGAGAAGGCAAAUGCCAUCCGUCAGGCUUGUGUGGGAAGUGAUGAGGGAGUAGAUGAGAACUGGAGUGAUGAUUGAAUUUAUCGGCAUUAUCCCGUUAUUGAUUUUAUGGCUGCCACUCAUGUAUCUUGCACUUGAUGAGUUCCAGAUGAAGCUGUAUCAUAUAUGUGAAUAAUCUUAAGUCCUUUUUUGUAAUCAAAGUUGUAGUGCUUAUGGU